AUGCACCUGUACACACGCAUGCCACUUCACCUCGCCACAAUCGUACCUAUCCUUUCCAUCUCAACUCGAGAAUCCGUCCAAUCUUCAGGGUCGUACGUUCCCUCCCUGCUCACCUCCUACGAAGACCCGAUGACUCUCUUCCAGCUGGCCUCCUCUACCCCCAACGGCUCCAUCUUCCUCACCUCAACGCCAUCCACUGCACCAUGGGGGGCGGCCUUCACACCGCAACCCAUCACCCUCUUCCUCUCCACCAACAAAAAGCAGCCCUGCGACCAGCCCAUUGCCUUCUCCGUCUCGUUCACGUUUCGCAUGACCCCUGGUGCUGCUACCUCUGGUAACAGCAUUGCAGGCGAGGGCUUGGCUUUUGUAGUCACUGCAUUGGCACCUCAGGGGGCUGCAGCGGGGGUGGGGCUGGGAGGGCUGGGGAAGCGGAGUGUGGCGGUGGAGUUUGACUCGGUGCUGAGUGUGAAGCACAGCGACCCCAACGACAACCACGUGGGCGUCAAUGUGGGCGGCUCACCUGUGUCCCUCGCCUCUGCCACGGCCCCUCUCAUCCUCAACGACGCCCACACCAAGCACGCCUGGAUCCACUACGACCCCACCAGCGCCAGCACCCUCCGAGUCUUCCUCUCAGCCUCCAGGCAGCAGCCGUCCAAGGCUGUGCUGACGGCGAGAGUGUCUCUGUGCAGCGCGCUUAAGCCCACCCUAGGCAAUGCAUCCUUCCUCUUCGGCUUUGUGGCGGCUGCUUUGAACAAAUCCCAGAGGCACGACAUCCUGUCGUGGAAGAUUACAACUUGCAAAGCAUUUGGGCAGGUGGCAUUGGCAGAGGAGGUGGCAGCAGGCAGUGAAGGUGGCAGUGUGCCCUCCACCUUCCACUAUGCCAGCCACGCCUUUCAAGCGGAGAGCCCAGUUACGAGGCUGUAUUGGAACCUUCCACCUUUCGUUUCUUGGAUGCGGAAUGAGGCAACAUGGCCCGUGAAGAACCAGCAUGGAUGCGGUAUGGCUCAAAUGGCAUGGAUGGGUGUGAUUGAUGGGAUAUGGAAUUGCAGCAUAGCCGACUCCUCAGCAUACGCAGUGGUGGCGGCGGUGGAGGCGGCCUACAGCAUCGCCAGCAUCGGGUCGCAACCCCCCCGGCUGUCGGUGGACCAGCUUCGGCUGGCCCUGUCGUCCAACUGCGACGACAUGCCUCCGCGCGAUGUGCUGGCCUUCCUGGUGGCUGCCACGCGCAAGGGAGAGGGGCUCGUGGAUGACACAGCAGCAGCAGCAGCAGCAGCGGCCGCCAGUCCACACAGCAUGGUGUCCGCCGGCCGGCGCGAGAGACUGGCCGCGGUGAGUCGCAGCGAGUGGGGAUGCGCUUACUGUUUUGUGGACUCCCCUGCCUCAUUGCCUGUCCUUCCUGUCUUUCAGAAGAUCAAGUACUACGGCAUUCAAAGCUUUGAGGAGACAUCCUUCGAUAGAUGGCUGGGUUUGCUGCUGGCAGUGCAGCGGCAGCCAGUGGUUGUGCGGAUAGAGGCUUCCGCACAAUCGUUCUUCGAGUAUGAUGGGCUUUUCUCAUCUGUAUGUGGUGCGUGGUGUGUGCGUGGUGUGUGCAUGGCAGCGUCUGCUGACCCGUGUGGGAGCAAGUCUGUGAAGCUGGCGGGCUCAUGGGCGGUGCCAGGGAGCAAAGCGUUCAACCCAUGUGGGCAGUUCAAGUGCUCCAAAGCCGGAGCAUCCAACUGCUGUGCCUGUGCUGCUCCCCACUUCGUCCAGGCCGCCCACCCCGACGGCUCCAACACCUGCGCCUAUGUGGACGCCUGUGGGCUGGCUGGCAGCAACCCGUGUGUGGUGGGCACGUGUGUGAACGAUGGCAAGGGCAGCUACUCCUGUGUGUGUCCCCCGGGGUUCGUUCAAGGCACCACCAUUAAGGGAAGCCUCUCCUGUGCUCCUGGUGACAGCAAGGGCAGCUACACAGUGCUUGGCAGCAAUGUGUGGUGCUCCCAAGUGCUGCCUGUGUUCGGACUCACUCUCGACCAACUCUUGCAGCAGAACAAGAAGCUCUCCUGCACCAAGCCCCUCCCAGUGGGAUCUAAGCUGGUUGUCAAGACGACCCAAUCCCUCCCAAACUGCUCGCUCUUCUACACCGUCCAGCUUGGGGAAAGCUGUGUGACAAUCGCUCAGCAGUUCAAUCUGAGUGACAGGUGUCCCGGGGAUGGCGAUCAGGCAUGUGUGGAUGCGUUGGUGGGGCUCAACCCUAGGCUCAACUGCUCAGAGCUCAUGCGUGGUCAGGUCGUGUGCGUAGAGCGCGACGAGAGCAGGGCGGGGGAGGUGGCAGUGUGUGAUAAGGAGUACCUUGUCCAGGUGUGUGGCAGCUGUGAUGCUGUGAUGGCGGCUGUGGAUCCACCUUUGAGCCCACUGGAGUUCUACCGCCUCAACCUAGGCAUCAACUGCAACUGCUUGUUGACCAAUUUACCAUAUACCUAUUCGCGGCGCAAGGUGAGGACACUUCAUUAG